AUGGGCCUUCUGGGCCACUUUGCCGUAUCGAAUCUCAGUGUCUCAAUUGAUGCCGGUCCUCGUUUCCGUUUCGAAAAAGGAGCAUGUCGUUUAAUGAUGUGGGAUCGUGCGAGUCUAAGCGCCAUUGUUCAGCGAAUAGGGCAGCAUUCGAGGAAAUUCGAAAAGAUUCAAAUCCUGGGUAACCAAAAGAGAGCGAGAGCGACAGAGAGAAUGGGAGAAAGUGAAAACAACAUGAAAGCGGUAAAGUUAUCGAGCCCCUCAGGCCAGAAGAAGAAAAAGAGAGUCACUCCGAGAACUUCGUCUUCUUCCUUGGAGGAAGAUGGGAGCCCCAUCAGGCACAUUCUCUGUGUCAAAAACAAGGUCGAUGUCAAGCAGUUCGAGGAAGUCGAUGACUGUUUCAUCUUAGAUUUCGACCCAUUUGAGCCCAUUCAGUUAUCCAAGUUAUCCGUCUCCGAUAAAUUUGCUGGUCAUAAUGCUCCGGAGUCUCCUGACGUCGCCGUUGUUGCUGAGAAAGGCCAGGUUGCUUGUAGAGAUUAUCCACAUUCAAGGCAUCUCUGUCUGAAAUUCCCUUUUGAAACAACGCCUCACGAAAGCUACUGUGAGCUGUGCUACUGCUAUGUAUGUGAUUCAGCAGCUCCAUGUGGGCUGUGGAAAUUAGCACAUUGCCAUGCUUCUGAGCACAUUGGCGAUUGGAAGUCCAGAAGAUGUUUAAGGAAGCAGCAAGCAGCUGCUAAGAAAUGA